AUGCAUGACACGAUAAUCCGUCUGGCGGAUGUAUGGAAGACAUGUAACAAGAUCCGCGCGGCAGUGUUCCGUGUGGGCCUGGACCUGUGGCAGUGGUACCGCCCGCUCGACCCUGAAGGGAACUCGCUCAUCUCUGAGUCGAAGUUCGUGUCGGUGCUGGCCGGUCCACUGCGAGCGACGAUAGGCCUAUCCGAUGCAGAAAUAGCACAGCUCGCCGACUACUUCCGCGCACAGGAUGGUCGUAUCCUCUACCACCAGCUGUGUCAGCUCAUACACGGAGAAGAUCCAGGACGCGAGAAAACUUCAUCAGACUGUCUACUAGAGGCGUGUCCACCGCCUCCGGAGCCCGAAUGCCACAAGCUGGACCAGUGGCAGAUGCGCCGCCUUUGCUGUCUGCUCGCCACUAUUGCACAGCGUGACAUUCCUCUCAGGCCUUACUUCCAGGACUACGAGCUAGUGGCAAAGAACGAUGGGCGAAUAACGUUUGCACACUUCGCUCGUAUCCUGGACUUCAUCGGCAUCAUCGUCAGCCCCGAAGACUUCAACCUACUAGUGCGGCGCUUUAUCAAAGACUCGUACACCAUCGACUACGUCGAGUUCUUGAAAGCACUUGAAGCUGUCAAAAAGGAAGGCAUUCAGGGACUUGGGCCGGCAUACAACCAUCCAAAAGCAGUAAUCGACACAACGCUACCGAAGCUCUCCCGCCCUGAGAUCGAGGCCGGCCUGUCUCCGAGCGCGCUGGGGGCGUCGGAAGUGUUCCACCCCGCGCUUGAUACACCCAAACCGUCUCGUCAUCUCCUCGAACUGAUGAUGCGUGUGCAGCAGUUUGUGAUGCAGCGGCGGAUAAGAGUAUCUGAGUUUUUUAGGGACUACGACCCUCUGAACAGUGGUCGCAUCGCGCCACAGCAGUUCCGGCGUGCACUAGACGCCAUGGGUCUGGGCGCCGUGCUAUCGGACGCUGAGGCGCGUUGUGUGACGCGCCACUAUGUUGACCACAAUGACGGAGAACGCGUCUGUUGGCGAACCUUUGAGGACGACUGCGAUCAAGUGUUCGCUAUAAAAGAAUUGGAGAAACACCCCGAGGUGUCAGUGGGCGCGGCCGCCGCUGCCCUGGCGGAUCUACCUGCACCCGGCGCCCCUGAACAGCUUGACAGUGACAUAGCACCAGCGGAGGCGGCUCUGCUGAGGUUGCGUGCUGCGUGUAAAGAACGAGCUAUCGACCUGCGGCCUAUGUUCGGAGAUCACGAUGAACGCAGCAGCGGGCACGUGUCGCGCGCCCAGCUGCGCCGCGUGCUGGCGCGCGCCGGCGUGCUGCUGGCGCCGCCGCAGCUGCGCGCGCUCGAGCGGCGCCACCUCGACGACUGCGGACUGAACUACUUCGCGCUGCUCGACGAGUUGGAUGAGAAACCAGUGGAAAGUGCGACGAUAGCUCGCGCGGCACCGACGCGGGUGGCCGCCGCGCGCGGACCUGACCCUCGCGAGACUGACAUCGUGCAGAUCUUGGCUAAGAUUAAAGGAAAAAUAGUACGCGAGGGCGUGCGUCCGCGCGAAUUCUUGCGCCAGUUCGACACGCGCCGUGAGCUCGUGGUGACACGCCCUGAUUUUUAUCGCGGCCUGGCCGCCGCUGGCCUCGCACUCACGCCUAACGAAAUGGACACGCUCAUGGAGGUGUUCAGCGCGCCAGGUCGGCGGAGUUACGUGGAAUACGAAAAGUUCUGCGAGGCGGCAGGCGAGGCACUAGCGGUCGGCGGGUUAGAGCGGGCGCCGCUAUUACAGCCCGUUCCGCACGUACCACCUCCACAGCCUUCUCCACACCUCGACUACGAAGAACGGGCGCUUGUCGCUGGCGCACUCGCCAAGCUUGCUAAAUUCCCCGACCAGCUUUCUAACAUACUUGAAGUAUUCAAGGACGCAGACCCGCAGCGCUGCGGCUCGCUGCCGCGUUCGUCGCUGGAGCGCGCGCUGGCGAGGCGCGGCCUGCUGGAGCUAGUCUCUGCACGAGAGAGAGACGUCAUAUACAAGUGUUUCGGCUACCGAAGAGGAUGUAGGGAUGAGGUAAACUACAGGGCCCUUUGCAACGCGCUUGAUAUACUGCACGCCACAUCCAGUGCACAACCAUGCUGAAACUUCUAAUAAAAUAUUUUGUAGAUUGAUGUUGAACCUGAAUAUGUAUUACAAAAUCAUAGAUGAAU